UCUCUCUCUCUCUCUCUCUCUCAUUUUUUAUUUUCAAAGCACACCCAACCCAAACCCAACACAACCCAUCUCUUUAUUUCCUCUCUCUCUCUCUCUCUCUCUCUCCUUAUCUUCCACAUCUUUCAAAGAAGAAAAAACACCCACCAAUGGAAAACCACUCAAAACUCCAAGAAAAGCAAAACCCAAUUCACCAAACAUCCCCAAACACCAGCAGCAGCAGCAGUAGCAGCAGCAGCAGCAAUGGAAUUUCUUUAACCCCCAAAUCCAUCCCAAGGCCUGAAACCAAUGCUGCCUACCCAACCACCUUCAUCCAAGCAGACACCUCCUCCUUCAAACAAGUAGUCCAGAUGCUCACAGGCUCUUCCGACACCACCAAGCCCUCCUCCAAGCCCGUCGAUCCACCACUAUCAAAAACCGCAAUCCCACCCAUGAAAACAGGUCCAAAGAAACCAUCUUUCAAGCUCUACGAGAGGAGAAACAGCCUCAAGAAUCUCAAAAUCAACCCACUCAUGCCUGGUUUCCAAACCAAUUCCAACAGUGGAUUCUCCCCACGCCAGCCUGAGAUCCUAUCGCCGAGCAUGCUCAAUUUCCCUUCCCUUGUUCUCAGCCCUGUUACGCCGUUGAGCCCCGACCCAUUCAACAGGCCGUCCCCCUCUACGGUGGAUUUUCGUGUGUCGGCUGAGGAGAGGGCGAUUGCAGAGAGAGGAUUUUAUUUGCACCCAUCUCCGAUCACAACGCCUCGGGAGUCAGAGCCCCGGCUACUGCCGCUCUUCCCAGUGACAUCUCCGAGGGUGUCUGGCUCUUCUUGAGAUUGGUAAGGAUUUUGGCAAUGAUUUUCAAAGAUGGGUUGUGGAUUAUUUGUAGAGAUCAUGCUUCAAUUGUACAAUUUGAUCUCUUUUGAUUGCUUUUGCUUACCCUCUCUUCGACAUUUCAUUUUGCUUGCUUGUUAUGGAGAUCAAUAUAAGAUAAAAGAUCUCAAGAUGGUUUUUUUUUCUUUUGCUGUUUUUAUUUUCUCUACUGGAUGGAUGGAUGGUUUCUGUGAUAUGAUAUGAAUUUUUAAGAGAAAGAACAUUCUCCGUUUUCUUUU